GUCAGGGAGAUUGGGAACGAGACUCGCACUCAAGCUUGAAGCAUGAGGAGAUCGAUUUCUUCGAAAGCCAAGUCGUUUCUUCAUCGGAAUCUUUUGGAUAAAGGUAAUCCCGGAACUUCCCCGUCGUCGUCUUCGUUUAGCAUUUGCGGUUUCUGUUUCUCGAGACGAGCUUAUUAUUCCGGUGGCAGUGGUUAUCGAGAGAUAUUGAGAAAUGGGAUUCGUUAUAUGAAACUAGAUGAUUCGCUUGAUCUCUUCUUUCACAUGGUUCAGUGUCGUCCUCUACCUUCAAUUGCUGAUUUCAGUAGAUUAUUAAGUGCCAUUUCCAAAAUGAAGAGGUAUGAUGUUGUGAUCUAUCUUUGGGAGCAGAUGCAAAUGCUUGGGAUUCCUCAUAAUCUCUAUACUUGCAAUAUCUUGUUGAAUUGUUUCUGCCAAUGCUCGCGGUUCUCUCUUGCGCUUUCGUUUAUUGGGAAGAUGAUGAAACUUGGUCAUGAGCCUAGCAUUGUCACCCUUGGCUCGCUGCUUAAUGGAUUCUGUCGCGGUGAUAGGAUUUACGAUGCUUUGUAUAUGUUUAAUAGAAUGGUGGAAAUGGGAUAUAAGCCUAAUGUUGUGAUAUAUAAUUCAAUCAUUGAUGGUCUAUGCAAAAACAAACAGGUGGAUAACGCGUUGGAACUCUUAAACCAAAUGGAGAAAGAUGGGAUUAGACCAGAUGCUGUUACCUACAACUCUCUUAUAUCUGGACUUUGUAGUUUGGGUAGAUGGAGCGAUGCUACUCGAAUGUUAAGCUAUAUGACCAAGAGACAAAUCUACCCUGAUGUAUUUACUUUCAAUGCAUUGAUUGAUGCGUGCGUGAAAGAAGGGAAUCUUUUGGAGGCUGAAGAAUUGUAUGAGGAGAUGAUCCGAAGAUCUCUGGAUCCUGAUAUUGUUACUUACAGUUUACUGAUUUACGGGCUUUGCAUGUACAGUCGUCUAGAUGAAGCAGAGCAAAUGUUUUGUUUCAUGGUAAGCAAAGGUUGCUUCCCAGAUGUUGUAACUUAUAGUAUUCUCAUUAAUGGAUACUGCAAGUCUAGGAAUGUAGAGUAUGGAAUGAAACUCUUCUGCGAGAUGUCUCAGAGAGGAGUGGUUAGAAAUACAGUCACUUAUACAAUUCUUAUCCAGGGCUAUUGUCGAGUAGGAAAACUUAAUGUUGCGGAAGAAAUCUUCAGACAGAUGGUUUUUUGUGGUGUGACUCCUAAUAUUAUUACUUACAACGUUUUGUUACAUGGUUUAUGCGAUAAUGGGAAGCUAGAGAAAGCAUUGGUGAUAUUGGCGGAUAUGCAAAAGAGUGGAAUUGAUGUUGAUAUCAUUACAUAUAAUAUCAUCAUUCGUGGGAUGUGUAAGGCUGGAUUGUACAAGAAAGGUCUACGGCGUGAAGCGGAUGCUCUGUUUAGAAAAAUGAAAGAAGAUGGGAUUUUGCCAAAUGAUUGUUAUGAAUAGUGAAGCUAACUAGGAUUAAGUGCGUCAACUUAAGUAUCACAAGGGAGCUUGCAAGUUAUUUUUAUCUGGGACAGGCUCCUUCCUUGAGAGUUUGGCUCCGGAAAGAUCAACUCAGAUAUUUCAAAACCAAUUUUGGGACACUAUGAAAUGAGCUCAUUUCAGAUGUUCAUAUGUAUUAGGAGAAACCAUUAGAGAUUGUGAACGUUAGAGCGUAAGCUGCGUAGUGGAUUUAUUGACAGAUAUUACUGUAUUGAAGCUCGCACAUAUGUGUAUCCGAUGUCUCUCCGAGAGGAUGUUUAGUCUUGAAAUGAAUAACUCAGCUCUUUCAAAACCAAGUUGGGAUUCUAUGAGGAGCGCUGAAUCUACAUUUGAAGCGAUCUUCUCAACUCACUGGCUUAUCUUAGUCUAAAGUUGUACAUUCUCACAUUACUGUAUACCAAUGUUUUUGAUGUAUCUUUAACAAAGUAUCUGUAACAAUUUUUGUAUGUAUAGUACUUAUGUACCAUUUCUUAGGUUUCUUUAUUUAUCACUUUCUGUGAAGCUUCCGGAAGUGUGAACAAUAAUACUGUCAGAACGAACUU